AUGGGGGUGAGGUGGGGUGAUCACUGGGUGAGAUUCCGCCACGAAACGCAUAUGCAACGCACAGACUCCCUACACCGAGUUGUUACUGAAUAUGAUUGGCUUGUCUCGAUCUACCUGAGACCGCGGUCUCUCGCCUUGUUGCUAGGAUUGGCUGGACGAAACGGCGAGGCUGACUUCCAGUUUGCCCCUCGGCCAAGGAUAGGUCUUUGUGAGAUGUUGACCAGGCCACCACUAAUUCACCUGUCCUGA